CAGGGGGAAGCACCACGCGGAGUAAUCCUCAUGGAUAGGAUUGCGUUAGACGGUCACAUGCGGUCACGUGUAGUCGGACUGCAACAGUCCGCCGCGAUCGCGCUCAGGCCUGGGCUUUACGCACGAUGACGCAGUGUCUCCCCGCGUCCAAAAUGAAGUCGAAUCUUCCAAAAGCAGCGGGCUCCCAGUCUAGGUUCACCAUCCAUGUCCAAUGCUGCAUCUGUGUGAGUGGAUUCCCUUAAGCGAAUGCUGGUCCGGCGUUCCUUGGUUUCAUUGGAGCCUCCGCUUUACGGCGACCAAAAAUAACCGUCCUCCCGAAGCAUACCUAUCUAAUGUCGAACCCGGCACUGACUCUGUGUUAUAGAACCUUGGCCAUAUAUAGGGUCGGACGGGGCUCCGCGUCGCUUCAAUCUCUUCGUCAUCACCUCCAUCCUUGUUUCUCUCCCUUGGCGUCGUCGCCGUCAUCACUGCUGUCCUCUGUGCCCCGCUAUUGCCCGCGAUAUUCCCUCGGCUCUUCCAGACUUCAUUCAUCAACAAUGUCUUCUAACGCAGCGUCUGCAAUUGAGGAGGCGAAGCGCGCCGCCGCGAUGGCCGCUGUCAGGGAUAAUUACCCCAAGGAUGCAAAGUAUGUCGGCAUUGGCAGUGGAACUACCAUUGUCUAUGUGGUAGAGGCUAUCAAAAACUUGGCCGCGGAUCUCUCCCGAACGAGUUUCAUCCCCACGGGCUACCAGUCCAAGCAGCUCAUUGUGUCCGCCGGGCUGACAGCCAUUGAGUUUGAUGCGCUUCCUGAGGGGACAGUACUGGACAUCUCGUUCGACGGGGCAGAUGAAGUGGACGACGAGCUCAACUGCAUCAAGGGCGGAGGAGCCUGCUUGUUCCAAGAGAAAAUCGUGGCCCUUCAAGCCAAGAAGUUUAUUUGUGUUGCAGACUCUCGAAAACUCCAAUCCCGCCUGCUGUCAUCCUGGAAAUACAUCCCUAUCGAGGUUGCCCCUAUCGCGGCGUACCGAGUCUUGAGAAAGCUCAAGGAGCUCGGUAGUGUGAAUCCUGCGAUCAGGCUCACAACCGUCCCUAAGCAGGGACCCCUCAAAACCGACCAAGACUUUUUCAUCAUCGACGCCCCAUUCCCGCACCCGCUACUCACCAAGAAAGACGUGGCUGCUGGGAUAGAUGGCAGUGGGAAGGACGGACAUUGGGAGGUUGAGGCGCUUGCUCAUGCCAUCAAGCAGAUUGCCGGAGUUCUGGAAGUAGGGAUCUUUGCCGGUCCCACUGGUCUCCAGGCCCAGGCUCGAGGGGCAGUGGGAGGUCAAAAGCCAAUUGCAGCAUACUUUGGCAAGUCUGAUGGUACUGUUCUUGUUAGAAAGGCACUUCAGUAAUUCGGCUAUCUUUGGUUCUUUAUAUUCUUCGCUGCAUACAAGCAUUUAUCAGCGUGGAAAGAAGAAAGGGGAAGGGCAUUGAUACUGAUACCACCUAGAAUUUAGACUAUGGAGGGAUUCCCAUUUUCUCCCUCUACCUCACGGGGAAAUGUAUAAACAGCUUUGAUUUACUUG